AUGCAUGAAGCCAUCACGCUCGAUAAACGUGUAGCGAUUGGCUUGUACCGGUUGUGUUCUUCAGCUGAAGACCGCAGUGUCGCCGAAUUGUUUGCUGUGGGACGCUCAACCGUCAACGUGGCCUACAGAGAGUUGUGCGAGGCUGUUAUCCACACUAUGGAGGCGGAGUGGAUCAAAAUGCCCACAGCUUCAAGCAUGGCCGAGCACAUUCGCGAGUUCACGGCCACGUUGGAAUUCCCGCAAGCCAUGGGAUCACUAGACGGGUGCCAUUUCCCCGUUUCACCGUCCAGGGAGAGCGCCACCGACUAUAGGAACUAUAAAGGGUGGUACAGCAUCAUCCUCCUCGCACUGGUCGACCACAAGUAUAGGUUCCGGUACACCAAUGUGGGUUCUCCUGGGCGCUGCCACGAUGCAUAUGUCUACCACCGGUCAAGACUAGCAGACGCAGUCAAGGGCCCCCUGUUCCGCCGACCACUAGCAACAAUCAGUGGUACAGCUGUGCCCCCCUAA